GAUGGUAAACUUUAUCCUUAUAAGAAUCUGAAAAGUGUCAGCAAUUACGAUGCCUGCGACAACUCUGCAUAAACUUAUAACGGUCGUCGGUUUAAUGUCAAUAUUACAUGCUGCUUAUUCGGCUGCACAGCACCGUUCAUACUUACGAAUAACGGAGCAAGAAUUUAUCACUUUACCAAUUGAUAUUUUGAUACAAGGGAUUGCCAGCUUAUUUAUGGUUAUGUACGGAGUUAUGUAUAUCGCCGGUGAUUUCAAAGAGAUUCGAGCAGUAGUUGACUUGGAAAAUAAGUCUUGGGAAACUUUGCGAAACCUCCCGUCGUUUCAGGUGUUCACUCAUCGUGGCAGAUAUUUAUUUCCACCUACUAAACUUUAUACUUAAGUCAGGUUUUAGAAGAUUGGAACCUUUUAGAAAAAAAGGUCCUUAACGAAACUAAAAAACGUUGCGUAAAAUAUAAUGUACAAAUGAAAGGGAAUCACAGUGACUAAUACGACUUGAAAUUUAAAUCAUGUAUUUAAAUAUAUCCGUAAAUAUACACAUACUUUUUAUGAACACUGCUGUAAAGUAUAAAUAAAAAAAAAUUUGACAUAUUCAUUCCAUUUUUUA